GAAGAAUUCUAGUCAAGUAGAUUCAGAAAAUUUUAAAGAAAGUACACCUGAAAAAGGUAGUACUAAUACAAAAUGGCAAAUGAUAACAAAGAUAUUGGUGAAAUCGUAAAGAAGUGUAAAAUUUUGCUGUUGGACAUCGAGGGAACAACAACAUCGAUCAGCUUUGUUAAGGAUAAGCUGUUUCCCUACGCAGAGGAAAAUGUAAAACAGUUCCUAGAAGCACAGUGGGAGAAUGAUGAUGUGAAGGAAUCGGUCACGGCGCUGAGGAAACUGGCCAUUGAGGAUAAGGAAAAAAACGUUGAGGGACUCGUUGCUAUCCCAGGCGAGGAUGCCUCUAAGGAAGAUCAAAUUGAGGGUUUGGUCAACAAUGUCAAAUGGCAGAUGUCUGCUGAUCGCAAAGUUGGGGCCCUAAAACAGUUACAGGGGCUCAUUUGGAAGCAGGGCUAUGACAAAGGAGACCUUAAGGGACAUGUCUUCGAUGAUGUCUCUACAGCACUAGAACAGUGGCACUCCAUUGAAGGUCAAAAAGUGUACAUCUAUUCAUCAGGCUCGGUUCAAGCUCAGAAACUUCUCUUUGGCCAGUCACUAGCCGGUGACCUCCUCAAAUAUAUAGAUGGUCAUUUUGACACCGCGGUCGGUGGGAAACAAGAAGAGUCUAGCUACAAGGCUAUAGUGGAAAAAAUUGGCUGCAAUGCUGAAGAAGUAUUGUUUGUGACUGAUAUUGUUAAAGAAGCUGAAGCAGCAUCGAAAGCGGGUCUUCAUGUGGCGCUGGCCAGCCGUGAGGGUAACAGUUCCUUACCCAGCGAGGCCACUGAUACUUACCCCGUGAUACAUACAUUCACACAACUAGCCGUCUCCAACAAACGCAAGACUGAACCUCAGGAUGAACAACCUGCUAAAGUACCCAAAACCGACAUACAGAAAGACGUCAAAUCGGCUUCUGAAACUGAUUCAUCUAAAGAAGAGACACCACUACCUGAGAAGGCAGAGGAACCAGAAAAGAUGGAAGUGGAAGAAUCAAAAGAUGAACCAGUUAAAGAAGAGGAAAAGGUGAAAACUGAAAUAUCCAUUGAGGAUGUUACGAAUACGAAAGAAGUUACUGAAAACGUAGUUGAUAUGGAGCCUGUUGUACAAGAAGUUGAGGAAAACAAACCGGAGAAGACUGAGGAUAUGGAAACUGAGACCUCCGAUGAUAAAGUUGACGACAAAAACGAUGAAGUAAAAGCCGAAAAAGAAAAAGAAAAAGACACACCUGUUGAAAAUAAUGUGAGUACAGAAUCCAAAGAAAAGACUGAAGUAACCCCCGACGUGCCAAAAGAGAGCUCCGACAAAAAUGGUAUAGAGACGAAUGCGUCCGCCUCUGAAGCAUCUCCUACAGUGAUAACUGAAAUAGAAGAAGUUACAAGUGACAAAGAAAAUAUUAGCGAAAUGGCUGAAAUAAUUGAGGACUUAGAGCCAGUGGUUGAAGAGCCGGCGGCCGCUGAAGAUGUCGAGGAGUUACGUAACGUUGGUGACGUGCUGGAAAAGGAAUGCGACGAGAUACUGUCAAAGGUACAGGGUGUUACCAAUCUGGAAACGAUGCCGUUAAGACCGCUGCUAAACCCCAUUGAAGAGGAAUCAAUGGAAGCCGAAAAUACGAACGACAUUAUGGAUAGCAUACUAGACACUGAACAAGAAAUGGAAAUGAAAAACAGCGAGGCGACCGCAAAAGAAAAACAUCCAGAAAAAAAUAUAGAUGAUAAAGAAAAAGAAAAGGUCGAAAAGAACGGAGUGUUAGAGGAGACGGUCACUGAAAGCGAUGUUAAAAUAGAAAUCACACCAGAAGAAUCCGCAGACAAGAGUGAAGCAGAAGAAAAUAUAGGAGAUAAAAAAGAUAAAAAUGAUAAAACAGAAGAAAAAAACUCGGAGCCAUCAAAAGAAACAGACAAAACGGUCAAAGACAAACCGACAGAAGAUGCACAGGUUAACGGAAAAACGAACGGUGAUCUAAUAGAGAACGGAGAUUCAAACAAAAUGGAGGAAUUAAGCGCGAGAUUGACGGAGAACGGUGACGAUGUGAGGUCGAAUGGUGACACGAAGAACGGCGACGGAGAGAAGGUGGAACCGGAAGUAUCAGACAUUAAGGUUAAGACAGUAUCAACAGAGGAGCCCAGAACCGAGCUCAUAGAACAAGCCACUGAGGCAUAAAACUAUGUUCCCGGCGGCUGUUCCUCGAGCUCACUCCACUUGCAUUAAACCGGUGACUAUCUUGUACAGUGCCGACCACAGCAAUAAACUACGUGUUAAUUAAUAUUCCGUAUAUUUUCUACUUGUUGACAAGCGACGUAUAAGACGUCUUAACUCUCGUGUGUUGCCAUACGUGCUAUCCACAUAACCCAUUGAGCUUAAAUGUUUUAUAUGUCGUGUGUUUUAUUAUUAUUUUUUAUCUGCCGUACUGUAUGAGUGGAAUUUAUAUUGGAGUAAUUUUAAUCAAUUUUUUAUAUGUGACAGUAGAUGUGAGGGAAAUACUUUGUGCGUUCGUCGAACCUCUAGCGUCGUUAUUUAUAAGACAUUCCUGUAUAAUUCAUUUUUAGAAUAAUUAAUUGUAAGCGCUUUAUACGAUAACUCCGUGCUCGUUUUCACCGAAUAGUCUAAGUGUGUAGUGAUGUGAGGUUGUUUGGCGCAAAUUAUAAUAAAUAGUCGAGGCACAAGUGAGUUUUGGGAAAUUAAGUUAGAAGACUGAAAUUUUCGCCAAUUCUAUUGUCAAUCGGGCUGUAUGAGUUAAACUUUUAAAUGUUAUACAAAAAAAAAAAAAACGAGCUCGGAGAUGGCAUUGUACAAAAACUGUCACCGUAUUGUAUACUAAGGGUAAGUUUAAUUGUUAAGUAUUAACUGUAUUGUGAUCUUAAUUGUGGUACAUAUGACAGAUUUUGGUGAUUUUUUCUUACACUGCCAAAUUACUUGCCAUCACAAUGUUGGUUUGCUGUCACAUGUGAUAUGAAUAUUACAAGACUGUUAAUAUUAUGAAAAUGGAAGAAGCUUGGGCUGUGUGAGUUUGUUGUAUGGUACAGUACCGGUGCAGCCUCAUGAUGAAGGUCCUCUUCAUCUCAAACUGAACGCUGUUUGUGUACCUUAAUUUUAUUUGUUUGUAGUAUUAUUGAUAUGUAUAAAAUGUACUUGUAUUUAACAGAUCGGUCUGAUUUUGUUUUUUGGGUUCCUUUAUUUGGUACGUUUUUGGAAGCUUUACAUUUUUCUAGUAAUUCCUAUUUCAUCACAUUUAGUUUAAACGGUGAGUUGUGUAUGUAUUUUUAAACUAGUCAAAGCCCCGUGGAAUCUCAUGCAGUAUACAAACUUUUUACAAUUUUUUUUAACGAAAUGAACUGCUAAAGUAUUUUAAUUAUAAGGAACAAAAUUUUUAUUUUUGUUUAGUUGUAAGUGGACUGUGCUCGUGCAAACCGACGUUGUGUGGUGACAAGUUCUUCUCUAGACUGAUUUUAUACCGUUUAUCUAAACUCGUUGACUCGCCCGGAAUUAUUAUUGUUUUUUAACUAUAUAUAUAUAAUUUUUUUUUAAGAUGACAUCGAUAUGAGAGAACGUUAGGUUACUGUCUUAGUCGUCUAGGAUCCCGUGUAUAAAUAACAUGAAUUGAGAUGCAUCUGAUAUGUAUUAAUUUUAAUUAUCACCACUAAUGAAGUUGAAAUAUAAUGGAUGUAGAAUUA